AUGGAGAUGGCAAAUUAUGCAUGUUAUAUUGUAUCAUUUAGUGCUUCAAACAAUAUCUGGAUGACUGGUGAUGUUAUGGUAAAACGCGUUCCUCUUUUGUAUCUCCAAAUUGCUUAUGGUAUUUUUGUUUCUCGGCUUUUCUACUUUGUCCUCAAGUCCCUUCGUGUGCCCCUCAUUAUUGAACAGGUGUUGGCUGGUUUUACUCUGAGUCCAACUCUCUUGGGAAAUUUCAAAUGGGUAUUUCCCUUGUUUUAUGGUCAAUAUGAAAUCCUACUCGUUGAAACCUUUGCAAACUUAGGAAUAAUGUACUAUGUGUUCCUGAGUGGAUUAGAAUUGAACGCAGACACCAUCUUAAAAUCAAGGAAGAAAGGUACAAGCAUAACAAUUACUAGCAUUGUGACACCAAUGUUAUUUGGUGUUGGAUUUCUAGAUCUACCACAAAACCUUAUAGAUAAAAAUGAUGUUUUCGCACAAACACCAAAAGAAAAUCACGGCGAAGCAUAUUUAUUCUGGAUUUUAACAUUUUUUGUAACAUCUUUCCCUGUCCUUGCAAGAAUCUUAGCAAAUCUUAAACUUUUAUAUACAAAGCUUGGAAAAGAUGCAUUGACAACAUCUAUGUUAACCGAUUCAUAUGGUUGGGUAAUGUUCACGUUGUUGAUUCCUUAUUCGAGUAGAGGUGGAAAGCCUUAUCUCUCAGUAAUCUCUACUUUGUUGUUCAUAGUUUUUUGCUUUAUUGUGGUGAGACCUAUCCUUACUCCAAUGAUUGAACAUAAAACAAGUACGAACACGUGGCGAAAAUCACUCCUGUUGGACGUGUUGACGGGAGUGUUUAUUUGUUCGUACAUUACAGAUUGUCUUGGUACACAUCUUAUUGUUGAAGCUUUUGUGUUUGGAUUAAUUUUGCCUCGUGGAAAGUUUGCUUAUAUGGUUUUGGAAAUGACAACUGAUUUUGUUUCUGGGAUUCUUUGUCCUAUUUACUUUGCUGGAUUUGGUUUUAGACUCAACUUACCUUUACUUUUGAAGCAUAAAAAUGCAGGUUUAAUGUUGUUGAUUAUGCUUUUGUUAUCCAUACCUAAAGUUUUGAGCUCUCUGGUUGUCACUUUCUUUUUCGAUAUGCCUGCUCGAGACUGA